GAUACCCGACCGGAAGUUGUUUGUAGGUUAGCAGUAGCACAGCUCACUUGACACCGGACGAAGGAAACAUGGACAGUUACCAGAUAGAUGAGGACCCGAUGCUUACGACGUUCGUCGUUGACGAAGUGAGGAAAAUAAUUAAUGAGGCAGUGGAGUCCGUCAUUGGAGGAAACGUGUACCAGCACAGCAGAGUGAAGCAGUGGAACUCCAGUGUCACUGAGCAAUGCCUCAGUCAACUUAGCAAGCUGGGAAAGCCGUUCAAAUAUAUUGUGAACUGUAUCAUCAUGCAGAAAACUGGAGCAGGUCUGCAAACAGCCUGUGCGUGCUUCUGGGACAAUUCUACUGAUGGAAACUGUGCGGUGAAAUGGGAGAACGAGUCCAUGUACUGUAUCGUCACUGUUUUUGGAAUGGCCAUCUGAACCUACAACAGCCAAUAUUUGUAAAAAUUUCUUUUUUUUUUUUUUGCUUUAGGAACCUGCAUGCGGGGUUUGACCAUGCUGGCUACAUUUUUAUUACAAUGUGUUCGUUUUUCAUGUUAAGUGCAAUUAAGUAAAACACUACUAAGCUGUAUAUGCUUUGCUUUAUUUACACGCCGCAUGAUACUGCUACAUGUACAGCAUUUAUCUCAUAAAGCAACAAAAUUUUGCGGGUACUUUAACACAUUUCAAAAGCAAUCUCAUUUCACCACCUUAAACCAACAUAAGCUUCAUUCACACGGAAAGAAUCGAACAUGUACAUUUAUGUCAAAGCAUUUACAAACAUGAGAUUACAGCCCAGUUAGAAGAAAACAGAGUAAUGUGAAGACAAGGCACCAUCUUGAUUAAAAUACAUACUUGUAGAGAACAGAGAUAUAUUCGUUUUGGCUGUUGUUGUCCAUUAGCUCUGGUUUUAUAAAACAAAACUGCAACAAUUACCUCAUUUUAAGCAAAGCUAUGGGGGGGAAAUGAUUACUGAACAUAGCAUGUUCAACAAAGGUAUGGGAAAAAGUACAUGCUGGGUAAAGAAAUGUUCACGACAGCUCAGUAAUCAAACAACAUAAAGUUGUGAGAAAAUUCAUACAAAUGAUCCAAAUCCAUCCAUCCAUGUAGUCAGAUAAUACAGUAUCAAAUGUUAUCACUUUUUGGCAAAAUAAAAAUUCUUGAAAAGUGCAAUUACAAAGCUUACAAAAAAAAAAAAGAAUCCGUAAGAGGACUGUUACUUCGGUUAAGGCUCUCUCUGUAUUUUUCAAUGUCUGAGGACAAUGGAUUUAUCAACAGAUACCCUGUUCAGGAAUCAUGUGACUGGUAAUACGUGCAGUUAGUUUACUUGCAGCUCUUCCAGUUGGAGUUUCUUUUACCAUUCCUGCUGUGUUACUCAGCUUUGGCCACAAAAAAUGAAUUCUCAUUAUUCUCAGACUGUCAGAGAGCAGAAUGGAAUGGCACAAAUAACAAAAGUAUGCAGUGAAAAAACAGUGGUUCAACAGAAAGCAUUAAAUACGAGGAUCCCACGCAUAAAUCCCAAAUGAAUAUUAGCACUUUCCCUGGUAAUUGUUUAUCAUCAGGUUGUGAAGAAAUGCUGGUUUACAAAAUGGUAAAACCUUUAGUGGUUUACGUCAGUGUUUGUUUUCUUGUUUUCAAUGAGUGGCUACAUACCUCACCUUUCAAAAGUACAGUACAUUCAGUAGACAUGGAAUUCGUCUUUUUUUAAAAAUAUAUUUAUGUACACUUCCAGUAUAUCAUUUUACACUACCAAUGCCAGUGCACCGUACUUGCACACGAUGCUUCGUUGCGACAGAUUUUACACAGGAGGGAGGACACGUCAGUCGCUGUCAGUCUCAUCCUGGUACUUGGCGGUUGCUUUGAUGGCACGUCCGUUUUGUAAAGGCAUGUCUUCAUAAUCACUCCUGUCAGAAACACAAAAUCAGAAGGGUUUGUAGAUGUUUGCAUUGUGUAUAAUCUGCACAACUGAAGCAACGAAGCACAUACCCGUAUAUCACUUCGUCAUCCGAGUCGUUUAGCAUGGAGAACGCUGGAUUAUCUUUCAGCUGGGAGUCUGAGAAAUGAAACAAAACCGGUUGGUUUAAUGCAUUAUGUCAAUAUACUCAGCAGCAAAAGAAGGUGUCUGAGAAACUACCGUAUUACCUACCAUAAAGGGCAUUUUUGGAGGGAGAAUACACAAAUGCUAAUGUGUACAAGUAGAAGUUGAGCAGGCCAUAGAAGGAUAAAAAUUCAGCUGGUAUGUCUGGAAUUAAGGAACAACCUCUCACUGUUUCCAACAAUAACAAGCCAUGGUACAUUGCCAACAAAAAGCCACUCAAAGGAUAUAGUUUUGGUAAUGAGUAGACAAUUCAGCCACAAAAUUGUCUUGAAGAGCCUUGGCACCAAACCUCAGGUAGAGAAUGACCAUGCUGGAAGAGAGAAGCAGUGAUUAGAACAACAGGAUCAAAUUGAACUCUUCAGAAGUAAAAAAUGGAAUUUGCUUUUCCUUGAAUGCACCUUAUGACGAGGACGACAAAAGUCAGUGCUGUCAAAAACUUCAGCCGGAGAUCUAGUGAUAAAAACAACAGCUUUUUAAUAUGGUCGUAGUGAAAACUUAAGUUGACUCAAAUACAGAGAGGUGUGGUGCGAUACCUGAGUAAGGCAUGUUCUUGAGUUCAGAACAAGCUCUGACGAUCAGGAAUAUCAGGUAGAGGAUGUAGAAGGAGACGACAAUCAGGAAAAACACCUUCAUACCCUGAAGAGUUAACACAGGACUUUAUUAAACUGCUGGACAAACAAAAACAAACACUGAAUGAACCAAAUACAACAGUAUCAACAACAGAAGUUAUAACCGUAACUUCUGCUGACUAAAGGCAUUGUAAUAAUACACUGCCUGGCCAAAAAAAAAGUUGCACACUAAUAUUUUGUUGGACUGCCUUUAGCUUUGAGUGUGGCGCUCAUUCACUGUGGCAUUGUUUCGAUAAGCCCCAUGAAUCCUGGCAUCGUCAUCUUGGAAUAUUCUCGUGCCAUCAUGAAAGAAAAAGUCCACUGAUGGAAAGACCUGGUCAUUGUAUACUUAAAAACAUUACAAAUACUGUUUUGAGGAAAGAAUAAAAGUGUUACCACCUGUAUUCCACAAUUUUUUUAAAUUAAGAGAAAAAAAUUAUAAUUUACGAGGGCUGGGUGUCUUUGAAAGAGGUCAUGUGAGAACUAAUGUUAAAUCCAGAUGUGUUUCAUAUUUGGGAGUUAUAUUAUGGAAUGGACUUAGUGAUGAUUUGAAAUUAUGAAGAUCUCUGUUGAGUUUCAAAAAAACAUUGAAAGGUAAAAUAAUUUAGGACUACAAUGUAAAAUGUCUGACAUGAAAUGAUUAAGAAGAAUAAUUUAGAGUAAACCAUGUUCUGUUUUUUUCCCUUUUAUUUCUUGUAUUACUGAUAUUCUGGGUUAUUUUUUGGAUUGUACAGGAUAGCCUAUUCCUUUUUCGGUUACAGAGCUUGUUCAAUUUUUCUUUUUUUGUGAGAAAAAAAUGUUUACUGCAAGCAUGUACAAUAAUUCUUUGUCAGCUGAAUGCACACAAUUAAAUUUUUGUACUGUAGAUUGUAACCGAAAUAAACCAUUCAUUCAUUCAUGAUAAAUGCA